AUGUCCACAAAGUUAAACUUUAUUCUUUUAGAAUGUUUUGAUAAGAUAUUUUUUUAUUUUGAAAAGGACCAAAGAGCGUUAUACACGUUUCUUUUCGUAAAUCGAUUUUGGUGUAGAAUUAUAAUUCCAUUCUUAUGGAGACAUCCAUUUUCAUGUACAUCAAAAGGAAAGGAAAUCAAUACGUUAUUAUCCUUGCUCAAUCCUGAAGAGAGGUUAGGGAUUAUCAAUGAUCACGAUAACAUUAAAUUAUCACCUCCUUCGACAUUGUUUAAUUAUGCAUCAUAUAUUCAAGAUUACAAUAAUGUUGAACUUUUUCAAUCGAUUGAAAGUUGGUACGAAACUUUUUAUGACAUUUAUUAUUCGGCUGAAAUUCAAAUCAUCUUUAAUGCGUUUACAAAAUUAAUCAUGAGAAAUUCAAAAAUCAUUAAAAACCUUUCGCUCUUACACAUUCAUAAAUCAAUAUAUCAUGACAUCCCCGAGAUUUCCAUCUUUGUCAACUCUCAACCUGGGUUUAUAAACAUAAAUAAAUUCGAGUUAAACACUUCCUUUAUAACUCCUCACGUAUUUGACCUUUUGGUCUCACUUAAAGAAAUUUCUCAUAAUAUUCAAGAUUUAAAAAUCCAUGGAAGUAGCAUGAUAGAUAAAAAAAAGAUUGAUUUAAUUAUUCAGUUAAUCAAGGCACAACAUAAUUUAUCCUUUGUUUGGUUACAUAGGUUUGGUUUGGAGUUCACUUCUAUCCUUGAAACUUUAACAUCAAUUCAAUCAAAUUCGUUAACCACCUUAAAGUUAACCCGAAUUUCUAGACAUAUAUCACUUUCCUCGAUUCAACGAUUCAAGAAUUUACGAAAUCUUUAUCUGCGUGAUUGUGAUGGUUUAGGUCAAAAUUUGCUUGAUAAUGUUUCAAAAGUGGAUUUCAAUUUAAAAUCAUUGGAAUUGGAUCGUAUGACAGAACAAUUUCUUCAAUCUAUCUUGAAAUUACAAAAUGAAAAUUUACAAAAGAUUUCCUUUUAUCACAAUACAUCGCUGAAAGUAAUUCAAGACUUUUUUAUUAGAUGCUCACAUAUUUCUAAUAUAAAGGUUAGAGGAAGACAAUAUCAAAAAGGGUUCAUUUCAUCGUUAUCGGUGUUAGAAAGUAGUUUAACCUCUUUCUCCAUUUAUUUUAAUUCUUCUCGUUUAUAUCAGAUUUUUGAUGAAUUAUGUAAUAUUUCUUUGCCCAAAUUAACUUUUCUUGAUAUUGAAAUGCCUAAAUCCGCUAGUCUCUUGGAAUCUUAUUUAAGGAUGACAUCUUCACCUUUACGAACAAUCAUUCUUCAUUUCAGUUAUAAGAUUAGUAUGGAAUAUAUUAAUAUUUUAUUAAAAUUUUCCAAGAGGAAGACUUUAAGAAUUGUUGGAAUUAGCCUAAAAUCUGAUGAGAAAAAAUUUAAAGAAUUUUCAAAGAUUACUGAAGGGUGCUUUCAAAUUGUUGAUUCAUGGGAUAUACAGUAG